GGCCCUUCAGCCGGGACCGUAAGGGCGAGCUUUUCCGAAAUAAGGAAAUGAAAGUUAUUGCUGCAAUGUUGUUUUUUUAAGUGUGUGUGUUUUGUGUUUAUGUUUUAGAAACAGAAAGAAAACCUGUAUCUUGUUUCUUUGUUCGAGGCCAGCAGGAACGGAAUGUGGUACUUGGAGAAAGAAAUGGUAGCGAAGAGCUGAUGUGACUAGAUCCGACUACACAAGAAGCGCAAGUCGAAAUGGCUGACUUGUUUUGGUUGUUUGGAAGUUGGGAGCGGGGCUGCGGCAAAGUUCUUUUAAUGACGCUUUGUUAAAAAGAAUGGCAAAUUACUGACUAUGUAGCUGCAUCAUUAAUAGUUUAUGCGUUGGAAAGACUUGAUUUUAUUUAUAAUAUUAAUUAUAAACAUGGCUUUACGUGACAUUGAGAAAAACGCUGGCGUGGCAGUAAUGAUGCUGCAGCACUCCCUACCACAAAAGCACAAUGUGCUGUCCUUUGACAUUUGACCCUCAUUUCUUGGAGGAGCCUUUUGAUAGUCCUCCCUCUUUGGGGAUGCUGUACUGCAUCAGUGCUCUACUGCAGUAAACAAACAAAAUAUUCUUCUACUCAGUGUAUGGUCCCUUCUUGGUGAAAAUUCAUGUGAUGAUGCAGAAUACUUCAUCACUGGCCAAUGCUGUCCAAUGUGUGCACCAGGUGACAGGGUUAAUCAGCACUGUGAUGAUAAAACGGGCACGUCUUGCAUCCCUUGCACUCAAGGCACUUACAUGGAUCAUCCUAACGGACUAACAGAGUGCUUCAAAUGUCAGCUUUGUGACCUGGGACUUGGGCUGCAGGAAGUAAAGAAGUGUACUUAUACAAGCAAUGCUGUAUGUGAUUGCCGUGGUGGGUAUUUCUGUGUUGAACUUAAAGGAGAAGGAUGUGGCGUGUGCAGAAAACAUUCCGUUUCCAAGCCUGGGUACAGAGUGAAGGAAAAUGGUACCACGAGAAGUGACACGGUGAUUGAGGCAUGCCCUCUUGGAACAUUUUCUGCAGAAGAAAUGUCAGAGAAGUGUAUAGAAUGGAAAGACUGUGCUAAAUUGGGUUUAUUGGAAAUCGAACCUGGAACAUCGACAAAAGAUGCUGUUUGCAAAGAAAAGUCUUACAGGCAUCGAUGGGUUAUCAGUCUGGCCUUCAUAUCGGCACCACUAAUUCUUCUUCUUUUGACACUCCAUUUUCAAGGAUUUGUGAAAGUCCGUACUCUUGGAGAUGUUCCCAUUGAAAAUAAUGCACCUCUGCCUUUUGAUGCAUCUUCCUCUGAAAAUCGCAUGAGUGAAAGCUGUGACAACCAAGGAAAAUCUGAAGUUUCAAAACAACCAGUUGAGAGUGAAACAAGGAAGAAUAACUGUAAAUCCACUCUUCCCAUUCAAGAGUCAUGUGGACUGACGUAACAAAACCAUUUUGUGUCGGGACUAGUUCCUAGCAAAGUGUUAAUGAGUAAAAAUCCGGUUAAAUGUCAUACACUAGUUAAUUAAGCAGCAGUAAGUGCUAACUUCAGUAACCUGGAUGCUGAAGGGCUUCAUUCUCCAGAGAGUAACAGCCAGCAGAUCACAUUUUCUAUUUAAUAGAUUACUGAAUAUCUUAACAGAUGAAGGGUAAUGGGAAGGCUGAAAGCUAGGUAAAGAUUGCUGAGAGAAAGAAGAGUUGUCUCCUGCAGAGACGGUUUGCACAUGGGACCUGGGAUGAUAUUCAUACUGAUUAAGUUUGGUUAAGGCACUGGAGAACGUCCCGUGCAAUUUCAGUAGUGAGGGCUGUAGAGCUGAUCCUUGUGUGAGAAGAGAGAAGGAACAAGCCAUGUUACAGGGGUGCCCCUUCAAAGUAUAUAAUUCUCAUAACAUCGAAAUUCAAAACACAGACCAUAACAUAAAAAACCAAAACACUGAAAACUCAUUAUCGAAUUUCAUAACAUUGAAAAUGUACAACAUCGAUUAGUAUCACCAAACAUGUAAAUGUUAUAGUUUUGUCUGUUCAUCUUCUGGUAUCACUAUGAGAUGAUGUAGUUUUUAUUUAUAUAGUGUAGGAGUUUAUAUUUAUUUAUCUAAUGUUUCUAUCUGUAUUGUUUAUACUAUUUAUAUAGUGUUUAUUUUGCUAGUCUGUGUGUUUUUAGGCCAUACAGGUAAGUGAUUUAGACAUUGUGUACAUUCUGUAUGGUG